AUGGGGAUGGUGGAGAAUGACAGGAGCGGGGGGAGCGGGGAGGAUCGGAAGAACGAGGAGGCGGCGGCGAUGAGUGAGGGGCCGCCGCCUAAGUCGCCUUGGAAGAAGCCGACGGCGGCCGGUGAUUUACCGGUGAUGAGUGGUAGUGAUGAGUCAUGGCCUGCUCUUGCUGAUGCAGCGCAACAACGGGCCAAGAAUUUGGACGCUAGUACUAAAUCGGGGGCUAAUUCUGAAGUGGCUGCCCCUCCUCAACAACCACGACCACCUCAGCAGCAACAGGGAUCGUCAGGGCAACCAAAGUCACAUAGCGGGCACCCUAAUUCUGCACAUAGAUACUCAUCAUCCAGGCAUCAAAAGUCAGGGGCUAAGCGGAAUCCAAACGGAGCUCCCCCUUUCCCAGCACCUUUACCUUACCAGCAACCAAUGAUGCCAAGUGCCUUUCACGGUGCAAUACCCCCGCCUCCCAUUGCUGUUCCUGCUUUUGCUUACCCUCCUGCACCUCUUCCUACUGUGGAACCUCAUUUGGUGAAGCCUGGAACCGAAACGUUACCAAUUCAACCUUUCCCUCCACCAAAUAGUGUUCAGUCUCCAAUGAGGGGGGACUCCGAUGGUUACCAGCCAAAUUUUCCAAAAAGGAGAUCUGAUGCACAAGAGUCCAAUGGCCAUAUAGGUCACACAUGGCACCAUCAACGAGCAUUUAAUCCCAGAGGCUCUAAUAUCCCUUUGCAUCAGGGAAUGGGGGCAAGGCCUAUGGUCAGGCCCCCCUUUUUCCCUCCAGGUCCAGGCUUCAUGGUUGGCCCAGCCUUCCCUGGCUCACCUAUGUACCCUAUCCCUGUUGUACCACCUGGCGGAUUUAGGGGGCCUCAUCCACCACAUUUCAUCCCGUAUCCUCUGAAUCCUGGGCAUCUCAUGCUUACCUCUGAGCAUUUAACUUUGGAAGAUCGUGUAGUGAAACAAGUAGAGUACUAUUUCAGUGAUCAAAAUCUGCAGACUGACAGUUUUUUGGUGUCCUUAAUGGAUGCACAAGGAUGGGUCUCAAUAUCAGCUAUUGCUGACUUUAAGAGGUUGAAAAGAAUGACUACGGAUGUAGCACUUAUACUUGAUGCACUACAGAGUUCUAAUGCAGUGGAAGUACAGGCUGACAAGGUCCGGAAACGUGAGGGGUGGUCAAAAUGGGUUCCACAAUCAGUUAUGAAGGCAACAGAGUUGAAAGAUCAUACUGCUGAUGGCCAGAUUCUAGGGAAGGCUCAUGGAGAUAAUGCAGGAGAAGCCUCUUUAAAGGACAAUGAAUACCUAUCAGAUGCCACUGCUUCAGUGGCUAACAAUUCGGCGAAUGUAAAUGAUCCUGAGACUGUGCUUUCUGGUCAUAUAGAAGGCAGUAACAGAUCUACUGUGUCGGAGACAAAGAACCGAGAAUUUGAGAAUAGGAAUGAGCCUCCAAUUUCUUGUGGUAAUGAAGGAUCAGAGAUGCCGAUGUCGUUGCAUAUUGAUGAGCAGAAUCUUGGAGAUCUUUCGAGUGAUUUUGCCAACACAUUUAUGCUGGAUGAAGAGCUGGAGCUUGAACAGAAAGUGCUGAAAGUUGAUUGUUCUUCUCCACGCAGGAGGGAUGACGAUGAUGAUGAGACGAUAGUGAGUGAUCAGGAUGUUCACAGACUUGUAAUUGUCACCCAGAAUAGUACCUUAGAUGGAGAAUCAAAACCUGAUGGUACGGAAUCAAAACCCAUUUCAAAUGAGCUUGCUUCUGCGAUAAACGAUGGUCUCUAUUUCUAUGAGCAGGAGCUCAGAGCUAAGCGUAGCAAUCGGAAGAAAAAUAGUUCUAGUUAUGAGGCUAGAGAUGGUAACUUUAGAUCUACAAAUAACUCUCCUGGAGUAUCAAAUUCAAGGACUGCUGCUGGAAGUCCGGGAAGUAAUGCUCACGAGGACUCUCGAAAUGGCAUUAAUAUCAAGAAACAGAAUAGAAAUCCAUCAAAGCAAAAUUUGUCUAAUAAGCAAAGAUUCUUCUCGGGACGUAAAGCUUUUGGGGCCAUAUCUGAAAGCCCGCCUAGUAAAUCAGUUGGAUUUUUCUUUAGUUCUACGCCUCCUGAGAACCAUGGGCCCAGGUCCUCGAAGUUAAGUGUUUCGCCUCACAGUAAUCUUUCAGGCAGUAGCCCGCCAGUUGGUUGCACGCCAAAGUCAUUUCCUCCUUUUCAACAUCCUAGUCAUCAGCUUUUGGAAGAAAAUGGCUUCAAGCAGCAGAAGUACCUGAAAUAUCAUAAACGAUGCCUUAAUGACAGGAAAAAGAUGGGUAUUGGUUGCAGUGAGGAAAUGAACACAUUAUACAGGUUUUGGUCAUUUUUCCUGAGAGACAUGUUUGUCCCUUCGAUGUACAACGAGUUCCGUAAACUUGCCCGUGAAGAUGCUGAAGCCAAUUAUAACUACGGGAUGGAGUGCCUUUUCAGAUUCUAUAGUUAUGGUCUAGAGAAGACAUUCAUGGAGGACGUGUACAAGGACUUUGAAGAACUCGCUCUUGAUUCCUACCGCAAAGGAAAUCUUUAUGGCCUUGAAAAGUACUGGGCAUUCCACCAUUACCGGAGCAGCAAAGAGCCGCUGAAGAAAGACCCCGAACUGGAUAGGUUGUUGAGGGAAGAAUACCGUAGUUUGGAAGACUUCCGCGCCAAAGAGAAGGCUGCCGCCAACGACAGCUAG